AGAGGGACUCUUGGCCAGGACAGCCGUGAAUUUGGAGGGAGGGGCGGACAGAGCAGCAGCAGUCUGGGCUCCAACAUCCUCUCAGCGAAGGUUCACCACCCCCCCCGCCUAAAAAAAUCUUUUCCAUGUGCUCUCUGACGCCCUUCUCCCAACACAGGAAGCGGCAGGGCGAAGUGAACUGAAGGAGACAUCGAAUUAGCGGCGCGGAGGCUGUUUGUGUUGAAGUUUUUGUCGUUUUUCGGCCCGGUGGGUUUCCCAGUCCGGCAGGAAGAUUGCUUGGUGUAGCUGCAUCGGCGAGAAGGCUCGGGAGGAGGUGAAACUGCGGGAUAUGAUGACUGAGAAAGAGACGGCGGCUGAGAAGAUAAUAUCAGAUGCAAUGGCUAAUCCCUCUCCUGCAAAGAGUAUGGGAGACCCUGGAAUCACCCCGCUGUCUCCCUCACACACUCAGCAGAACGACACAGACCAGGUACCGUCAGGGCCGUCCUUCGUAGUUGUGGUUGCUAUUGACUUUGGCACCACAUCCAGCGGUUAUGCUUAUGCCUUCACGAAGGAGCCAGAGUGUAUUCACACCAUGAGGCGUUGGGAAGGUGGAGACCCUGGUGUGUCCAAUCAGAAGACUCCAACCACCAUCCUGCUGACUCCAGACAGGAAGUUCCACAGUUUUGGCUACGCGGCACGUGACUUCUACCAUGACCUGGACCCCAGCGAGUCCAAACACUGGCUCUAUUUAGAAAAAUUCAAAAUGAAGCUCCACACCACUGCAAAUCUGUCCAUCGACACAGACCUCCACGCAGCCAAUGGGAAACGAGUGAAAGCUCUGGACAUCUUUGCAUAUGCAUUGGCCUUCUUUAAGGAGCAGGCACUGAAGGAGCUGAGUGAUCAGACAGGUGGUGAGUUCGACAACAAUGAUGUGAGAUGGGUGAUCACUGUCCCUGCCAUCUGGAAAAUGCCUGCUAAGCAGUUCAUGAGAGAGGCUGCUUAUAAGUCUGGUCUGGUGUCCCGUGAAAACCCAGAUCAGCUGAUCAUCGCCUUAGAACCUGAGGCAGCAUCAAUCUAUUGCCGGAAGCUCCGCCUCCACCAGAUGGUGGACCUGGGCACCCAGACCAUCCAGAAUGGCUGCAGCCCCACUGACAACAUGGGCAGCGCAAUGACCCAAGCAAAGGAGCAUGUGCGGCGCAACCGGCAGAGCCGCACCUUUUUGGUGGAAAAUGUCAUAGGGGAGCUUUGGUCGGAGCUGGAAGAAGGUGACCGUUACGUGGUGGUGGAUUGCGGUGGAGGAACAGUGGACCUGACUGUCCAUCAGAUCCGUCUUCCAGAGGGACAUCUAAAGGAGCUCUAUAAGGCCUCAGGUGGUCCCUACGGCUCUAUCGGGAUUGACUAUGAAUUUGAGAAGCUGCUGUGUAAGAUCUUUGGCCAGGAUUUCAUUGACCAGUUUAAGGUGAAGAGGCCAGCCGCCUGGGUGGACCUGAUGAUUGCGUUCGAGUCUCGAAAGAGGGCCGCAGCCCCUGACAGAACCAACCCCCUCAAUAUCAACCUGCCCUUCUCCUUCAUUGAUUACUACAAGAAGUUCAGGGGCCACAGUGUGGAGCACGCCCUGCGCAAAAGCAAUGUGGAUUUUGUGAAGUGGUCGUCUCAGGGGAUGCUGAGGAUGAGUCCAGAUGCUAUGAAUUCCCUCUUCAAGCCCACCAUUGACCACAUCAUCCAACAUCUCACUGAGCUGUUUGAGAAGCCCGAGGUCAGCGACAUUAAGUUCCUGUUCUUAGUUGGAGGUUUUGCUGAGUCUCCCCUGCUGCAGCAAGCUGUCCAGGACAUGCUCCAGGGCCGCAGCCGCAUCAUCAUACCGCAUGACGUCGGACUCACCAUUCUGAAAGGUGCAGUGCUGUUCGGCCUGGACCCCAGCAUCAUUAAAGUCCGCCGCUCCCCCCUCACAUACGGGGUGGGCGUCCUCAAUCGCUUCGUGGAGGGCAAGCACCCGCCGGAGAAGCUGCUGGUGAAGGACGGCACCCGCUGGUGCACUGAUGUCUUUGACACCUUCAUUGCGGCCGACCAGUCCGUGGCUCUGGGCGAGAUGGUGAAGCGGAGCUACACGCCAGCCAAGCCCUCGCAGCAGGUCAUCGUCAUCCACGUGUACUGCUCUGAGAAGGAGAAAGUGGGAUUCAUCAGCGAGUCUGGCGUCAGGAAGUGCGGGACACUUCGCUUGGAUGUGAGUGGAACGGAAAGCACGGCACCACGCCGUGAGAUCCAGACGCUCAUGCAGUUUGGUGACACAGAGAUCCGGGCCAUGGCGGUGGAUGUGUCCACUGGACGCACCGUUAAAGCUAGCAUUGACUUCCUGAGCCAUUAAGAAGGGAACGAGAGAGUUAAAAAUUGUUGGAGCCAUAAAAAUGGAAACAUACACCUUAAACACACACACACACAGACACACACACACACACAUACACAAACACUACAAGCUGUGGAUAUUUACUGAAAAGUGGUAAUGCUAAUGAAUCUCUAGGCUCAGUCACUCUCAGUUUCAGUUUUGGCAGUGGACAGUUUGUAUCAAAGUGUAAAGCUUCACCUUAAACCUGGGCUGAUCAGCAUCAGUGUGUUUUCGGUUGGUCACCUCAAUCUGACCCUGCAGUGUGUUUGCUGAGGAGGUCCAUUGUGGUCACAUACUCAUAACAACCCAUACACCCCACGCUGAGGCCGAGGCCGAGGCUGUGUGAGUCAGGUUGAAGAGCUCCUGACAGGAAAGAUAAAGGCUUCCUUACUUCCUCUUCACCAUCACAGGACAGCUUUGCAAAUCUCUCUGUGUGCUCAUACAUCCAUAAUAUCACCAACACCAACAUGCUGGAUCCACAUUCAGAAUGCAUCUUUACAUACUUUAAUUUCUUUCUGUCAGAUUACAGCAUAUCACUGUGUAUCUGUGCACUACAAAUCAUUUUGUGUAUAGGAAGGUCAUUAUAACAAGUUAUUGAGCUUGGAUGUGCUCCAAAAAUUACAUCAGCUCCACUUCAGUCCAGCUCUGGAGGUCAUACAGGUGGUCUUUGCAAGGUUCAACCCUUAAAACAUGGUGAAAACUGUUAAUAUGUGCCAUUGCUGACGGCCAUUUUCCAGACCAAACUAUUUUCUUUUACAUUGAUUUUCCUCAUUCAAGAAAUCAGGGAAAAUUAUUUAUUAUAAAAAAAAAAAUUAGGAAUGCACGAUAUUGGAUUUUUUUGCCUAUAUGCAUACAUGACUGACUGAUAUUGAUAUCAAUAUAUCUGCUUUUUUUUCCCAACCUAAUUUCAGUGAUCAUCAAGUCUCUUCUGUUAAUUAACAUCAUAUUUAGCAUACUCUUAGCAUGAUGGCCCACCAACAGAUGGAGACAUGAAAUACAAUGCUUUUCACUGUAUGUAAUAUUCAUUCAUUGUGCAAAAUAAGAAAAAGCAUGUUGGCUAAUACCGAUAUUAUCAGCAUGUUGGUAAAUAAAACAGUAAAUUAAUAAUAGCAAUCCACUGCAGUCAUUUCAUGGUGGUGCUGCUGUCAGCUGUUAUGCUAAAGGGUUAAUACAUAGUCAGCUUCCAUUUUUAGCUCAAUAAAGAACUUCGAACGAAGUAGUCUAACUGGCUACGUGUGUCUGUUUAAAGCACACCAGCUGUGGAUGAAGAUAAGUCAGAGAUUUGAAAACGUGACGUUUCUGAGAAAAUUAACUCAUGGCUGUUCAACAGAUUAAUAGCUUGCACUGCUUCCCUUGUUGGCAUUACAGACAAUAAGAGAGCCUGCCUUUAAUAUAUGGCUUUUUAGUCUCCAUUCAGGGCCAGGUUUAGUUGGACAACUUUACUGGGCCUACUUAAGAAUGGAUACAUGUUACCAAAUGACAGCCCAUUCUGCAGUACUCUGAAGUACUAAAACAUAAUCAUUGACCCUACCUAGGAAAUCAGUGUAAGAAGUAAUGGCAGGAUUUGGAGUAUCACUGUCAAUAACAGAUUUAACAGAUUUUUAAUCAAUAGGUGAAAUCUUGCAAACCCACCUAUAUGUUCUUCUAAGAACAUCCACAGUUAAAUCUGAAUCCAAGAAUGUGAACCGUGCUGCAAGCUCCAUCUGAAAAGCAAGAAGAGCCAUCAAAUGUGCUUAAAUGUUGCCUUUAUUUGUUUAUGCUUCUGACUAUUAGCCUUGGACAAAAUGCCACUUUGCCCACUUUUAUAUUUUUAUGCAGAUGUGACUCUGCACAGAGGUGCAGCCCAGUUGAGACAAACAAUGAAGUAUGUUUAUUUCUGUAAAUACAGUAUUUAAAUAUUGUACAGAUUUUUAGCAUUG